CUCUUCUUCCCCUGAAAACAGGAAACCAAUGCAAUAUGGAGCUAAACUCGUCAGACACCUUCCUCUUCCUAACAACUCUCAUCUCAGCGGUGAUCCUUGCUGUGUGCUCACUAAUUAGCCGCCGCAAACCUUCACCAGGUUCCAAGAAGAAGCGGCCACCAGGCCCAUGGCGUCUCCCCUUGAUCGGAAACCUCCUCCACCUCGCCACCUCCCAGCCGCACGUCGCGCUACGGGACCUGGCGAGGAAGCACGGGCCCGUCAUGUACCUGCGUCUGGGCCAGGUCGACGCCGUCGUGAUCUCCUCGCCGGCGGCGGCGCAGGAGGUGCUCCGGGACAAGGACACCACCUUCGCGUCGCGGCCGAGCCUGCUCGUGGCGGACAUCAUCCUGUACGGAAGCAUGGACAUGUCGUUCGCGCCGUACGGCGCGUACUGGAGGAUGCUCCGCAAGCUCUGCAUGUCGGAGCUGCUCAACACCCACAAGGUGCGGCAGCUCGCCGCCGUCCGUGACAGCGAGACCCUUUCGUUGGUUAGGAAGGUGGUCUACGCAGCCGGCGCCGGCGGCGGCGGCCGCGGCCAGCGCGGCGAGGCGCCGGUCGUCAAUCUGGGCAGGCUGGUUCUGUCGUGCUCGAUGGCGAUCACCGGCAGGGCGACGCUCGGGAAGCUCUGCGGCGACGAGAUCAUGUCGGUCGUCGACGUGGCCGUGCUGUACGGUAGCGGGUUCUGCGCCGGGGACCUCUUCCCGUCGCUCUGGUUCGUGGACGUCGUCACUGGGCUGACACGCCGGCUGUGGACGGCGCGCCGGCGCCUCGACGCCAUUUUUGACAGGAUCAUCGCCGAGUGUGAGGCUCGGCAACGACAGGAGGAGAAGAUGACCGGAGAUGAUGGCUUUCUCGGCGUCUUGCUUCGGAUCAGGGACGACGACGGGGAGCCAGAGACCGGCGGCAUCAGCACGACAAGUAUCAAAGCAAUCUUAUUUGACAUGCUCGCCGGAGGGACGGAGACGACGUCGUCCGCGGCAGAAUGGAUCAUGUCGGAGCUGAUGAGGAAGCCGGAGGCGAUGGCCAAGGCGCAGGCCGAGGUCCGUGGAGCCCUCGACGGCAAGAGCCCGGAAGACCACGAGGGGCAAAUGGACAAGCUCAGCUACACAAGGAUGGUGGUGAAGGAGGGCUUGAGGCUGCACCCAGUGCUCCCUCUCCUUCUCCCUCGUUCUUGCCAGGAGACCUGCGACGUCGGUGGCUUCGAGGUGACCAAGGGCACCAAGGUCAUCGUCAACGCGUGGGCGUUGGCGAGGAGUCCCGAGCGGUGGCACGACCCGGAGGAGUUCAGGCCGGAGCGGUUCGCCGACGACGAUGGUAGCAGCGCAGCGGUGGCGGUGGACUACAGAGGGUCUCAGUUUGAGUACAUUCCGUUUGGGAGCGGCAGGAGGAUGUGCCCUGGAAACACCUUUGGGCUCGCCGCGCUGGAGCUCAUGGUUGCACGGCUGCUCUACUACUUUGAUUGGAGCCUCCCGGAUGGAAUGCGGCCGGAGGAGCUGGACAUGGACACGGUCGUUGGUUCGACCAUGAGGAGAAGAAACCACCUGCAUCUGGUGGCAUCACCGUACAAGGAGACCGAGCUCACCGUAGGAAUUUAAUUAAUGGCUGCAAAUUAAUAUAACCUCAUGCAUGAUUGUGAUUCUUCUAAUAGAGGUUGGACAAAUAAACGAUGUUGUUCUCAUUUGUGGAAUAAAACUUGUCACUGUUGAUAUA